GUUGACAUAUUUUAAAUGCGCAAGAUUAUUCAAAAACAAAAAUUUGAACUCUGCUUCAACUAAGAAACAAAGUUCUUUAAUUAGCGAAAAUAAACACACACGACAUAGAAUAAAGAACUCAAGUCCCUACAAGCUCCAAUGUUUUGUGUACGACAUCCCUUACUCUGUCAUUGACUUGAACAGAAAGCCAAGCCAAGGAAUACUGUAUGCUGGAAUUGACCAAGAAGAAAAUGUCGAAAGGUCAAGUGUUCAAGUCAGAUUAACACUAACUCGUUAUAGUGUGAGCACCCAUGUGGACUUAUUUGAGAACAUAAAGAACGAUGACAGACAUGGCUUUGAAUGAAAUGGGAAGAUCACAUGUACUUAUCGCUGAAUCCUCCAAUGCUCAAAUUAUAAGGCGGCAGCUUGAAGAGCUACAUUUAUGGAAUGGGGAUUUCCAGUGCAGACGUAUAAUUCCUAAUAAGGUGGCUCUACCUGUCAGUCUCAAAGGAGACAACUCACAAGCGUUAAAAGAUAAAUGGCCCAGCCUGGCGGUAGAGGAGAUGGACCUUACCGUGUCGAAAAAAUGUCAAGCCCGAAAAACUGCUCCCUCUUGCAGACUAAGAGGAAAGCUGCAACUCAAGCUAAAGGAGUAUUCACUGUCUGAAGAUUUGAUGAGAGAGUUGCCAACGAAAUGGGAAAAACAUGAGGAUCUAAUUUUGUUGCCCUGUUCUUCAUUCAUUUCCCCACAGUGGAAUCUCAUAGCUGACUUGUGGGAAGUGGUGGCUCAGUGUCUCAAUUGUAAACGCCUUGCUAGACAUUCAACUAUUGCACAAAAUGGUUUCCGAAGUUCUCAGGUCAAGAUACUGUUAGGAAAGGAUGGUGAGGUCACACAUACAGACAAUGGCGUCAAGUACAGCUAUGACGUGACAAAGUGCAUGUUUAGUGCUGGAAACAUAAGUGAAAAGCUGAGACUUGCCAGAUUGAACUGUAAGGGAGAAAUCAUUGUUGAUUUAUAUGCAGGUAUUGGCUAUUUUACUUUACCCUACCUGGUGCAUGCUAAAGCUGACCAUGUUCAUGCCUGCGAGUGGAAUCCCGAUGCAGUGUCAGCAUUGCAAAACAAUCUGAAGUUAAAUGGGGUCUCAGAGAGAUGUACAGUACAUUAUGGAGACAAUAGAGAAUUGAAGCUAACUUCAGUAGCAGACCGAGUCAACCUUGGACUCAUCCCAAGUUCAGAAGAUGGAUGGCCAGUCGCAGUUCAGGUACUCAAAGAAACCGGAGGAGUGCUUCAUGUUCAUGGGAACGUGACGACUAAUGAACAGCACAAUUUACAGACAGGUGGUUUAAAGAUACAUCACGGCACCAACAACAGGGAGUGCACUACUGUUGUCCACUCCUCAGAUUUGACUUCAAAUAAUAAGCCUUUACAUAAUUACCAAUUUAGUGAUACAAACUGUUUUGAUAAACUUCUAGAAACCAGGGAUAGUAACUUAGACAGUUCACCAGUUCCUUCCCUUGACAACACAAGUACAGUCUCCUCCGCAUGCAGUUAUUGGUCCAGUCAAGUACAGGAGAAGAUAACUGUUUUGUUAGAGACAGUCAAGGGAGGUCACUGGUCAGUAAAAGAAUGUCAUAUAGAGCUGGUCAAGUGGUAUGCACCACAUAUCAUGCAUGUAGUCCUUGAUCUGGAGUGUAGGCCAAGGGUUGCAUUUGUGAACAAUGCAAAUUGAUUUGUUAAAAAUGUCAUAAUGUAUUAUUAAAAUAUUCAUUUCAACAUGUCAAGAA